UGUGGGACUCGAUGUGAGGACCCUGGGAUCAUGACCCUAGCUGACAGCAAACACUUAACCGAUGGAGCCACCCAGGUGUCCCUAUUUUUUGCUAUUGAGUUGUAUGAAUUCUUUGUAUGUUUUACAUAUCAACCUGUUGGUUCGUAACCCUCCUGGAAGCUUCCCAGGUGCCAUCUACAAUCAGCCCCCAGUGUUCUCUUGCAUUACGGUUCUUUUUUUCUUAUUGGUUUGUGGGAGUUACUUAUAUAUUAAGGAAAGUAGCCCUUCAUCUGUGAUAAGAGUUAUAAAAUUAUUCCGAGUUUACUGUUUCCUUUUUCCUAUGUAUGUUUUGCUGGAUGUGAGGGCCAUCUGGCUGUGACAUCUGUCACCCCAUUGAUCGCCAGGGUUGAUUCUGCUGAUCUGGCUGGCUAGGCGGGUGUCCCCUUCCUCCUCACCGCUCCACGUGCGUCCCUCCCGAAGCUGUGCGCUCAGUGGAAGAGGAUGACCUUCCCGGAUAGAGGAGGACUGUUCUUCGGUCAAGGGUAUAAGAGUAGCUGCACUCCCCUGCUAGAACCUCCAAACAAGCUCUCAAGGUCCUAUGUAUGUUUUGCUGUGCAGAUUAAAAAAAAAACAAAAACAAAAAAAACCCUGAAUUCAAUUAAUUUUCUUUUAUAGUUUGAGUAUUGUGUUACACUUAGAAAAACCUUCCCUCUUUUAAGAUCUCCCAUGAUGUUUUCUAGCCUCUUUUAUGCUUCCAUCUUUUAUAUUAAUCUCUUAUUCUUUUAGGACUUAUUUUGAUUUUAGGUGUGAAAAGUAAGGAUUAAACUUUAUUCCCCAGAGAACUAGCCACUUGUCCCAAUACCACUUCUUGAAUUAUUGAGUCUUAAAAUCUAGAAUGUAUGUUGAAUUUUACUAAUGACCUGUUAAGCAUCUAUGAAUGUAAGAUUUUUUCUUUUAAACUAUUAAUAAGUUUAAUUAAUUAAUUAUAUGAAUAUUGAAUCAUUUCUUGUAACAUCAUCCAUUUCAUCCAAGUUUUCAAAUUUAUUUACUUAAAGUUGAGCAAAAUUAGUCUCCUGCAAAUCUAUAAUUUGUUUUCUGUAUCUGUGACUUUUUCCCUACUUAUUUUUUUUUUAUCAUGGCAAGUGUGCAUUUUCCCCCAUUUACUUUGAUUAAAUUAGUUUACUACAUUAUUAAUUUCUUUUCUAAACCUCUGGAUUUAUUAGUUCUUUAAUACUAGUUUUCUUAAUUCAUUAUUUUCUUUUAUUGUUACUAAUUUCUUUAUUCUGCUUUCCUUAUGUUUAUUUUUGUGUUUUUUAGCCCUUGAAUUGGAUGAUUAUUUUACUUCCACUAUGAAUUUGCUUAUGAGCCCUGCUUUAACUAUGUCCAAAUAAGCGUCUCUAUGCAAUGUUUUCAUUUUCUAGAUAUUCUGUAAUUUCGGUUUUGACUUCCUCUACUUUCCAAUAGUGCACUAAUACAUUUAUUUUUAUUUAUUAUUAUUUUAAUUUUUUUAGAGAGAAAGAGGGCGCUCCCUAAGGACAGGAGGGGGUGGGUGGGGGAAAAGGAAGAGAGAGAAUCUCAAGCCGACUUCGGCUGAGCAAAGAGCCCCACCCUGAGCUCCGUCUCUGGAGCCUGAGAUGAAGCGUGAUCUGAACCAAAAUCAAGAGCUGGAAGCCUAACCCCCAAGCCACCUAGGCUCCCCUCAACUAAAACACUUUUUUAAAAACUCGGGUAUUUUUAACUUUUUAAAUUUUAUUUUAGUUAUUUUUUUUCCUUUCUUGAGAACACUAGAAAAUUGUGUGUUUUGCUCUUCAUCCCAUUUGACUUUUCCCCGAGGACUCCGCCUCCACCACUUUCUCACGGCUUUAAUGAUAAAGGUCAAGAGGCGGGUUCUCCUUAAAGCGCGAGGAGAACGAAGGAACCCUGCGGGCCAAUAGAAGAAAGAGCAACCCAGGACCCAAGGGUGCGAAGGAAGAGACGCCCUCUCCACGCUAGAGAGGCCUAGCGCUUGACUCAGACCUGGACGGUGGCCCGUGGAGGACAAUAGGCUUGCGAAGCAGAGGAAAGGUGGUGCAGCGAGUGGGAAGCAGCUGGUGUACCCAGGAGUCGGAGAGCAACCGGGCUGUGGGGACAUGGCCGCAGCCUCUGCGGUGUCGGUGCUGCUAGUAGCGGCGGAGAGGAACCGGUGGCUGCGAGUCCCGAGCCUGCUGCUGCCGCCUAGGAGCGACGUCCGCACAGCUGCUACCGUUAACAUGGUGCUUUCUCGGCGUUCCCUCUGUGGAAGUGGUGAUAAUCCCGGUUCUGGUGAAGCCCAAAGGGAUCAACGACCAGCCCAAGUUUACGCCAAGUAGUAAGAAAUGGAGCCAGGACGCCCUCAAGCCCCUUUUGGUUCAGCUCUCCCCGGUCAGUUGUCCAGUUCAGAGACUCCUGGAGUUCUUUCUCAUUGUUGGAAUGGAUCAAGUUAACAACUUCUGUCAAAAGUUCUUGGAGGAGAUGCACUUGGAAGCAGAGAUCCAUGAAGUAUGCAACGACCACAGGACGAAACAUUGCCAAGCUCCUCAUUGCAAACCGAGGAGAAAUUGCCUGCAGGGUGAUACGAACAGCCAAAAAAAUGGGUAUACAGUCCGUGGCUGUGUAUAGUGAGGCCGACAGGAAUUCCAUGCAUGUUGACAUGGCAGAUGAAGCAUAUUCCAUCGGCCCCGCACCCUCGCAGCAGAGCUACCUUUCUAUGGAGAAGAUCAUUCAAGUGGCCAAGAUCUCCGCUGCCCAGGCUAUCCAUCCAGGAUAUGGUUUUCUUUCAGAAAACGCGGAAUUUGCCGAACUGUGUAAACAAGAAGGAAUUCUUUUUAUAGGUCCUCCUUCAUCUGCAAUUAAAGACAUGGGUAUAAAGAGCACGUCCAAAGCCAUAAUGGCUGCCGCCGGAGUGCCGGUGGUGGAAGGUUAUCACGGCGAGGACCAGUCGGACCAGUGCCUGAGGGAGCAGGCGGGGAGGAUCGGUUAUCCUGUCAUGAUUAAAGCCGUCCGUGGUGGAGGAGGAAAAGGUAUGAGGAUCGUCAGAUCUGAAGAAGAAUUUCAAGAGCAGUUAGAAUCCGCACGGAGAGAAGCUAAGAAGUCUUUCAAUGAUGAUGCGAUGCUGAUUGAGAAGUUUGUCGAUACGCCAAGGCAUGUAGAAGUCCAGGUGUUUGGUGACUACCAUGGCAAUGCUGUGUACUUGUUUGAAAGAGACUGUAGUGUACAGAGGAGACAUCAGAAGAUCAUUGAGGAAGCCCCAGGGCCUGGUAUUAAACCUGAAAUAAGAAAAAAGCUUGGAGAAGCUGCAGUCAGAGCUGCUAAAGCUGUAAAUUAUGUCGGAGCAGGAACUGUGGAGUUUAUUAUGGACUCAAAGCACAAUUUCUACUUCAUGGAAAUGAACACAAGGCUGCAAGUGGAACAUCCUGUUACUGAGAUGAUCACAGGAACUGACUUGGUGGAGUGGCAACUUCGGAUUGCAGCAGGAGAGAAGAUUCCUUUGAGCCAGGAAGAAAUAAGUCUGCAGGGCCAUGCCUUUGAAGCGAGAAUAUAUGCAGAAGAUCCUGACAAUAACUUCAUGCCCGGGGCUGGGCCAUUGGUGCAUCUCUCCACCCCUCAGGCAGACCUUUGCACUAGGAUUGAAACUGGAGUGAGACAAGGAGAUGAGGUUUCAGUGCAUUAUGACCCCAUGAUUGCAAAGCUGGUCGUAUGGGCUGCAGAUCGCCAGGCAGCCUUGACGAAACUGAGGUACAGCCUUCGUCAGUACAAUAUUGUCGGACUGCACACCAACAUUGACUUCCUCCUCAGCCUGUCCGGCCACCCAGAGUUUGAGGCUGGGAACGUGCACACUGAUUUCAUCGCUCAGCACCACAAAGAACUGUUUCCCAGUAGGAAGGCCACACCCAAGGAGUUUUUAUGCCAGGCAGCUCUGGGUCUCAUCCUCAAGGAGAAAGCCGUGUCUGACGUUUUCAACAUUCAGUCACAAGAUCAGUACUCGCCUUUUGCAUCCAGCAGUGGAAGAAGACUGAAUAUCUGUUACACCAGAAACAUAACUCUGAGGGAUGGUAAAAACAAUGUAACCAUAGCUGUAACAUAUAACCACGAUGGGUCGUACGGCAUGCGGAUUGAAGAUAAAACUUUCCAAGUCCUUGGUGUUCUUUGUACUGAGGGAGACUGCACUUACCUGAAAUGUUCUGUAAAUGGAGUUGCUAGUAAAACUAAGCUAAUUAUCCUGGAAAAUACUGUUUACCUGUUUUCCAUGGAUGGAAGUACUCAGAUUGGCAUCCCAGUCCCCAAAUACUUGUCUUCAAUGAGCUCAGGUGAAACUCAGGAAGGUACCAUAGCUCCUAUGACGGGUACCAUUGAAAAGAUAUUUGUGAAAGUCGGAGACAAAGUAAAAGCUGGAGAUUCUCUAAUGGUUAUGAUUGCCAUGAAAAUGGAGCACACCAUCAAGUCUCCAAAGGACGGCACGAUCAAGAAAAUGUUCUACAAAGAAGGUUCUCAGGCCAAAAGACACGCUCCUUUAAUCGAGUUUGAGGAAGAGGAAUCUGACAAAAGAAAAGCAGAAUAA